AUGAGUAUUUUAUCAUCAUUCAUAGUUAAUGUAUUAUUAUUGUUUUCACUUUUCUCAAAAUCAUUAGAAAUAAGUGACAAAAACUUAAUUGAUUCUUCAAAUUUAAAAAAUGAACCUUUACCAAUUAUUUUAAAUGAUGAAAAAGAUAAUAAUAUUAUAGAAAAAAGAAAAGUUUCUCGUAAAUCUAAAAAAUUUGUUAGUAAUGGUGGACAACAAAUAAAUAAUAUUAAUAGUGAUUCAAAAGAACUAUUUGCACUAUCACAGCAACAAUUACUUUCUAAUAAUGCUCAAUUACAACAACAAUUACAAUCAAUACAAUCUCAAUUGCAGCAACAAUUAUUAUCUAUUACAGCACAAUUACAACAACAAUUGCAAUCGAUUCAAGCUCAACUAUCUCUUCUGAUUAUGGGAUUUAGAAUUCCACAAACAACUACAGGUCCUCCAACUUUAGCACCAACUACAGGUCCAACGCCAGCUCCAGCUCCAUAUACAACUACAACUACACCUCAACCCCCAGCUCCAGCUUACACUUAUACCCCAGCUUCAAUUUCAACUCGAGAUAUACGUCAACCUUCACAUUCAUAUACAACUCCAACUUAUUCUACAACUAAAUUUACCACCCGAUCAUUUUCUCAACCUACAACAAAUUUCUACACAAAUACAAAUGGAUAUACAUCUAAAGCUUCGACUCCAUCUGGUAAAUGA